CGAUAAUCUUGCAUAUGAGUCUGCCUGUGACGGCCCACUCCUUGCCGUUCUGUUCCGAAGGCGCACCACAAAAAGGCCCCUUUCUUGCUGGCUCAACCCAAACUUCUUUCCACCACAACAACACACUACCACCAGCAACCCAGACCACUCACCACUUCCACCCAUCCAACAACACAUUCAACAACACACAAACACUUCUAUCACUCCAUCUUCACAGUCAAGAUGCAGUUCACCAAGAUGAUCGCUUCUGCCAUCACCCUCGGCGCCGCCAUGGCCAUCACCGGCGACCUGACUUACUACAACGCCGGCAUGGGUGCUUGCGGCAAGGUCUCCUCCGAGGGUGAGUACGUCUGUGCCAUUGGCCACAAGAUGUACGCGGCCGCUGUCAUCGGCACCAACCCGAACAACAACCCAUACUGCGGCAAGCAGAUCCGUGCCACGUUGCCAGAGACCGGCAAGACUGUCACCGUCACCGUCGUCGACAGCUGCGGCGGCUGUGAGGACAAUUCCCUCGACUUCGCCGGCGGUGCUUGGAACGACAUCACCAACGGUGCUGCCCCGACCCGCUACCACGACCUCGAGUGGAACUGGGUAAGUCAUGCUCCUCAAUUCCCCUGACUCUUUCGAGGCACAUGCUGACUGCUUUACUCUUUGCUUUUUCAGGUCUAAAUCUUGACUCGACCACUUUACAUAUCCACUUCUCCCAACAUCCACUCGGUCGUCAUGUGGCCCAUUGAGGCUACUUGGCAGGGGUGAUGGACGAUGAGACUCACAGGGCGUCGUCACAGAUGCUUUUCUUACGACUUGAUGACAUGAGCACAAGGGCAUCGAGAGAGAUGCGCCGGCGAGUGCUACACACAUACAGCAUGCAGAUGAGAGAUGGCUACAGCUCGUAGAAUGCUUCUCAGAUACUGCAAG